AAUAUAUGAGGCUGUGCAGCUCGGCUACCUCUGUGCUGCUCUGAUGUCAGGACGCGGAGUCGUCGGAAUUCACAUUACAUUUAACGCUUAAAAGUGGCUAGAACAAGUCCAUGAAUGCGCCUGGAUGGUGAAGAUAAAGGCUCGCGGUGUGGAGAUUUCCCAACAAGUCAGCGUCUUAUUUCCGUAUAUAUUUUGCUCAGUGCCUGCAAAAAGCAUUGAGAUGUAGACACUCUUGCAAUGCCAGUGCGAAGUACUCUAAGGAGAUGUGAAAUUCAGAGCCUGAACUGCUGAAAAACCUACUAUCAUUAGAGUUUUGUGAUUUCAUUUCGAAACGGCUCCUUGUGGCUCAAAGAACAGCAGAGUUGCUCACUUUUAUCAGAACUAUGAUUGAUUUAUUGCUCUAAUACUGGGAAGGCAGACAACAAGACGAAACAAGAAUUCACAUGUUCACUUGAAAUAUACCCUGGCUUAACAGUAAUGAAAAUUAUUUUUUGUUGUUGAUCAUGUUAUAAUGAAGCUAAAAUGUCUCCCUUAACACAAUUGGCACACAGUGGGUGACAUUUAAGAGUUUGCAUUAAAAAGUUUUAAGUUCUUACAUGUUGGGGGGGGUGGGGGGUUUGGGAAGUGUCAGCAAAGAGACUGAACUUCUGACCUAACCUUUUGCAUCAUGACGAAGUUGCUCACAUUAGAAUACCGUGCCACAAAGUAUUUUGCAUUUGCAAAUGAAAAAACAACCUUUUGAGUUUGUUUGAGAGACAUGACUACAUAGGUAUUAUGUUUUACAAAAGUCGUUGCACAAUAGCCCUAAAAGUGUACUACAUUUUAAAAAGCGUUUGUAUGUCAUGAAAGAGAAUGGAUGAAUGUCGAUAACAGGUCCACAGUGUUUGCCAAGUGUGUUGAAAUAGCAAGACCACAGUGUGGGGAAGAAGAAUUUUCAGUUUUAUUUGCAGAACUUGACAACAGAAGUGGUAAAAAAAAAAUAUCCAUAGGCAGAGCAGCUUAGUAUGUACAGGGAAACUGGAACUGUUGCUCAAUGCUUCAUUUAAUAUAUAUAUUACUGAUUAUGCACAGAAGAAUUUUCUUAUGUUUGUGUGUUAUUUUUGUUUUUAUUUUUAAAUACAGAUCUUUACACUUGCUGGGAUCAGUUUGUAGCAGCUGAACUGUUUUGGAAACUGCAUUGAAUAAUCUAGUUGUCUUUACCUUUUGAAUAAAUGCCCUUAUUAUCCAGAUAGUUCAGGUACUAAAGUGUGCUUUUAAAAAGCUUAUAAAGGAAUGUGACAUCUAGAAGUAGUUUCCCAGCACAUCAUUUUUCUCACAGUUCUGUGUGGUAUGUAUUUUCAUUAGUGGUAGAUUGAGAGGCCUGUGUGUGCACGUCUGCGUGCGUCUUUGUGCAGUGCAUUGUUGGUGAUUGUAUGAUCUGGCCUCUGCGUCUCUUGUCAUGAUGUUCUAAACAUAUUGAUUAUUAUAGCCUUAUAUAGACGUGAGAAUUUUGAAUAGACAUUGGAUCUUAAUUAGAUCUACUUAUUUCAUCUUUAAGCAGAGCUGUUCAUCAUGGCACCAGCCAUUCAGCUAGUUGUUUCAUAUUUUUAUACAUUUGCAUGCUUUUGUGCAGUGAUUCCUUAGUGCAUGGAAGGGAUUUAUGACUAAGUGUGGUGUGUAAACCACAAACUUGCAGGCUGGUUAAUGCACAGCAUUGUUGUGGCAAGGCAGUGUAUCUGUAAUUCUUUCUGAGGAUAAUUCUUUACUCUGUCUAGACAGUAUACAUUGUGCAUUUUAUAAUAUAUGGUAACUUUAUAUCCACAAUUCAGAGCACAGAAGAGCAUUGAUCAGAUACUUACCAUUCAUUUUGCAGUGAAACAAGAUUUAGUUCAUUUUCUGCCCUCAAGAUUUCAUUUUUUUUUUUUUGUAUACGUAUGAAGAUGUUUCUCCGAUUUACAAAUAUUUGAACCCUGAGGUAUAAGCCAGGCCUUACAGUGUUCACUUUGCUGCACACACCCAGACUAAACUAAUUUGAAUGUUUCAAAUAGAUAUUGAAUAGCAAUUUGUAGUAGAACUUAUAUAAUCAAAUGUAUACAAAAUUGGUUAGUAUUUAUAAAGUAGGAUAAUUUUAAGAUCAUCUAGCCACCCUGAGUCUGAAAGUGCCUCUCAUUUGCACUGUUGCCUCUAUGGUCCUGGCAAAGCUGUACACCAAGCCAUUGACAUCACAUGGGUGGGGAAGGAUGUUUGAGCUGUGCAGACGUGACGUCAGUAAGCAGGCUUUCAAAACAGCAUCGAAUUGAAAUGGUGUGGUUGGCUGUGGAGUAACCACUUACAGCAACAAUGUAAACAGCAGUGUGGCUGAAGGGCUGAGACUGGAAUAGAAACACCACUCUACACUGAAGGGAGGAGCCUAAUGCCUCAGAGAUGUGAAACUAUCAGUUACUGUAGUCCCAUCCCUUACAGGGAUCCAAGGAAACAAUCCUCCCAUCCACAGAAAUUCUGGAGGGUUUCAGCCAUGCACCUCAAGUCAUACCCUAAGCCACAGAAUAAAGAAGUUAACCAGGACAGGGGACAGGAUGACACAGGAAAUCUUGUGGGUCAACGGGGUGUACUCCGAUCUGAGUGGGGUGUUCGCCAAGCAUGCAGUCUUAUGGUCUCUCCUGGCAACGGCACAGUCAACCGGUGCCCCCUCAGUGUCAUCUCCACCAAUACUCUCCGUUAUACCACUAAUGGCAGUACCACCCCCUCAAGAGCAAGUGGGAGAUUCUCUCAAUCAUGGUGCCACAAGACCAAGACGACCUCCUCCUCUGUUACUGCAUUCACCAAUUCAUUAAUGCUACUCUCCUCCUCAGCUGGCAUGGAGAAUGAAGGCUCGGUAGGAAUAUAUCAAGGAGAGGAUGGAGAGGGAUCGUUAGACAUUUGGGCUGUUAUUAAGCCUGGGAACACCAAAGAAAAAAUUGCAAUAUUUACUGCCCAGAAAUGUAGUCAUGUUGCAGCAAGUAGCAAUGACGAAGCUUUUGAAAAAGAGGAGAUUUCAACAGAAUUGCGGACAGUAUCAAUGAAAAGCAAAGGUUGCUGGGAUGGGGACUGGUCUUUAGCAAAGCGACGAAAACGGUCUGGAAAUCUAGAGAAGUCAAGAUGCAUUACUCCUCCUGCACAAAAGCCUGAAUUCUGCACAGCUCUCUUAACCUCCACCAAAAACUCAAAUCCUUCUGGAGAGAUUGUAAAGACAGAUGAAGAAGAGGGUGGAAAAACAAUCUCUGUAGUUGAAAUGGUGGCAUACUUGGAACAGAGGGCUAGUGAUCAACAUGUAGCCCCAAAACGUCCAUCAUUGCGAAGCUCCAGCACAAUUACUCUGUCCAAAGCCCUAUCCCUGCUUCCACCAGCUGAACAGCUAGCUAAAGGUCCACAGCUGUCAGAAGUCCAGGAGGAAGAGGAAUCUGUGCGUGUGCUGGAUAUGGUUGCCAAGUUGGAAUCUCAGUGCCUCAGCAGACAAAGUGCGAGAGAGGGAGGAGACCUCUCGCGCAACAACAGUCUACGGAGGAGGGUGGGACGUGUUUUGCUGGCUGGGUCUGAACCAUACUCUGCAGCACUACUUGGCCUUCCUCAGGACAAUAGAAAAGACUCUCACCCAGAGCAAGUUACUAGUGAUGUAGAUAAACCUAGAUCCCCAGCAGAAGCCUGUGUUCCUGUGCACUCGGUGCAAUUUGCACUCGGAGGUCAGAAGGUGGUCGAACAGGAGACGUGUGUUAAAGUAGACACAAUAAAUAGUCUGUGCAUUCUGACCAAUCAGUCCAGCUCUGAGCCCCAUGAGUGUAGUGUGGAGCCUCUUCCAGGCAUGCUGUUCUUUGCUCAUACUCCUCCACAGGCUCCUCAGGAGCAGAGAUGUUAUUUUAUUUCUAACAAUAUCUCCAUAUCACAAAAUGCAAAGGACUCCUCUAAUGAACCAAAGAAGGAACAAACAGGGGAACCAUCACAAAAACAGGCACUGGAAGUUUCUCCUACGGAUGUUUCUAUCAGAGAUAAUAAAUUGGAAAAUAAAUGGGAGGAUGAUCAUAAUUCGGAGGAAACGGAAGAAGAGUGUAAUGUAAAUAAUCGUGAUCCUGUGCCUUUGCGUCGCCUAGUGUCUCAUGAAUUCUUGGAGACCCGCUUUAAGAUUCAACUCCUCCUCGAGCCCCAACAGUAUAUGGCAUUUAUGCCCCACCACAUCAUUGUCAAAAUUUUUGGUUUACUGCCUACUGAAAGCCUAGCUGCCCUCAAGUGCACCUGUCAUUUCUUCAAGUUUAUAAUUGAGAGUUAUGGUGUACGCCCAGCUGACUCCCGUUGGGUCAGUGAUCCACGCUAUAAAGACGAUCCCUGCAAGCAGUGUAAAAAGCGCUAUGGGCGGGGAGACGUGUCACUUUGUCGCUGGCACCAUAAGCCCUACUGCCAGGCAUUGCCCUAUGGGCCUGGCUACUGGAUGUGCUGCAGGGGGGCCCAUAAAGACACACCUGGUUGCAAUGUGGGACUCCAUGACAACCGGUGGGUCCCUGCCUUUCAUAGUAUCAAUAUGCCAAUUUAUAAAAAAAGCAGGGACAGUGAAAAUGAUGUGUAAUGUGCUAUGAGUGCAAUGUUCUGUGAGCAAUGGUUUCGUUUUUUUCUUUUCCCUUCCUUGUUUUGGGCCAAGAGAUGCAUCAAUGUGGCUGUAACUGUUGUAGGUAAAUACUGGUUCUUGUGCCUCUACCACCAUAGGAGCAUUUUUUUUUUUGUUGUUUGUUUAUUUUUAUUUUUUUUUUAAACGUUAAAUCAGCUUGCAUCCACACUGCUGAAACUAACCUAAAUUAAUUGCUGUAUUUUGCCCCCCCGCUGACUACCAACCACCACCAAGUCUCUAGAGCCUACUCAGGUGCUUAAAGUUAAUCUGCACUUUAACCUUUAAUUGCUGAAUUUUUGUAAAUUGUCCAGGGUACUUUCAGUUUUUACUCUUAAUAUGCAUUAAUUUGUCGCACUAACAUUUCCUUCAAAAAUAUUUCCUACUCAUUGUCCUUUAAUAUAGAUACAAAAAACCUGUCAUUAUUUUAGCAUGCAUUUCAUUACAAUGAAACUUAUUUGAUUUGCUUAUAGAGAUUUAUAUAGAUUAUCUGCUCCUUUGCCCAUCUUAUAAUUAAAAUAGUUAUAAAUGUCGUGGGGUCGAAUUAGCAUUGUUUCUGGCUAGACUGAGAUGUCAUACCAGUUGUUUACACUGUACAUAGCAGAGACUUAUAUAAUAAUAUGGUGAACAGUUUCUCUAACUUUGGGUGGAACACCUUUUCAUGGUUCUCUGUAUUCCACAUUGCCACUUUACAGUUUAAGUAAACACUGUAAAUCAAGAAAAAGCAGUGUCUUUAACUUAAGAUGCCCCCUCCCUGGUAUGAUGCAGUGUUUCUCACAGGGAAACCUUUUGAACAGAGGGAGGCUGUCAACAGCAUCAUUUUUCCCAUAACCAUCUGAAUGGUGUUCUGAUUUUUAAAAAAGGGGGGGAAAAACCACGUUCAUUGCAGUAUAAAGAGAAUGGGCUCCAAACCGUGCGUUUCAGAGUUUUAAAGAGCAUUAUUAUUAUUAUACUUGUGCUGUUUCUGCCUUAUAAGGCAUUUUACUUCAAUAAAGUGUAUUCCUGGAAGAUUUGUAAGCUGCAUUUGUUUGCUGUCAUACCCUUAAAACAAAUAAUUUGCAAAUAUGUAAUGUAAAUAUUGUGUAAGUGUAGAAUAAAAUUGGGAGAAGUCACAAGGUUUCAACUAUAGGAAACUGUGGCAAGAUUUUGUGUGCAAGACUGAAAUAUCAGUAGAUUUGGUCACAGCUAUACUUUUGGAGUGGCUUAGUUGCUAUAAAGAAGAACUGAUCAGAAGUGUGUAGGGAUGAGUCACAGUUGCAAUGUGAAAAUGUUUUCUGCUCACUGAUCUGUCCAUAACUUAAGCUUUAACUAGUCCUGCUUUUGACCUGUAUAGACGUUAUAUGUAAAUACCUGAAUGUUUGGGCAGAGAAAUAUAUUGUCAGUAGCCAAAUGUAUUCUAGUAUGGUUGACCUUUUCGCUCCCCCGUCCUCCCCCACCCUGACUGUAGAUACAUAAAUGGUUGCCUUGAAGUGCACAGUAAAUUGAGUGGAUGAAUACAUAAAUUCAAUGGGCAAUAAAAUGCAUGAAAAUAUCA